AUGCCAGGCAUAGCAUAUUACUCUUGCGCGAAAGCCAUCCUCAAGUAUAAACUUGGAGAGCGUAAUAUCCCCGUUGCGCAGGCCUUGACUCUGGCCGCACUCUACAUGAACCAAAAUGGGAUGCUUCACGAUAGCUUGACGUAUCUUUGCAACGCUCGAGACAUAUACAUAGACGUUGUCAAGACUAAUACGUCUCUCUCUGACGAGGCAAAGAGGAGUUUUUGGAUUUAUUGGGAGCUGACAUGUGGUAUCGACAACUACUCCAAUUGGGCAUCUGAUCCUUUGCGCAACCACUUGAACACAUUAGUUCCAGAGAAAAAUGUGGAACGGUCUCCUGAAAGAGUUUACUGGAACAAAAUAGCUCUCCGAAUCCUACUUGAUGGUUUGCGCGAUUCUGCGCGUUUACAUCUCUCAACAAAGAUAGAAAUGGAUGAGAAGGAUCUAUGUGAUUCGGUGCGCCCGCAUCUCCCGACGGCGCCCCGAUAUGUCCCGACAACAAGGGAGAUGGAUGAAAAGGACCUGUGUGGUUUUGUACAUCUCGCAAACGAGCACAUCGGCAUGUUGGAAGUAUGGAGAUCGAAUUUAGUCCCACAAUUGACCUGGAAAGAUACAGAACCUCCAUCAACUGACCCUAUCAAAGCCUCACUACAAGCAGAAUACUACGAGGGUGCGGCUGCACUGUUGAGGCCAUACCUGGACAUUGCAGUACAUGCAAUGCGUUAUAAUGCUGACUCUGUAUCGAAAGAGUUAUCGGAAGGACAGCAAGGGAUUCUCAAAGUCCUCUUCGACUGGGAGAAACACGCUCUCUCAAGUAUGGUCUGCUUUGACCGUGUUGGGACAGCUUCCGACAGCAAAUACGAGAUGAAAUUCAAAAAUGUCUUCCUUUUGCGCGCUCUUCGUUUCUCUGCAAUUCAUCCAUGGAUCGCUGAGCAAACAAGACUCACAGAUGAGAAAGUGGAUAAACUCCAUCGCUACACUAUCAAAAGCUUGUCUAGUUUUCGUGCAGGUCAUCGAACCUUGACUCGAGAUCUUGAGGCUUUGAAUCGGCUUCAGUCACUAGGAGACUCAGUGCCGUGGAUGGACCUAGUUUCAGCGUAUGAGUAG